AGCACCUUUAAUACACAGUGAUGCAAUAUGCAAAGUAAGAAAGUAUUUAAAAUGUCGUUUGUUUGUUUUUAAAUUACAAGCGUAUUAAUUUUCUCAGUGAAGAGGCCGACAUAUACCACUUUGGCGCAGUUAAUUUUCCCCCUUUCUUCGGUGAUGCACCCGCGGUUAGACGUUAACGUCGAAAACUGAGCUGUAAGAAACUUUUCCGCAGCGGUACCAUUUCAGGCGUCCCGAAAAUGACUGGUCGCGCACGAGCAAGAGCCAGAGCAGUAGCACGUGGUCAAGAGACUGCUGCGCCAGGAGCGAGCAAGGCUCGAGAGGCUGCACCAGCAACUGCCCUUGUAACAGAGGCGGAGCUGGUUGGAAGAGGGAGGCAGAAAGGUGCCCCAGGAGCGUUUUCUGCAGAAGCCGUUCUACAGAUAUCAGCUGGAUUUCAGAAGGUGAAGCUGGGAGAAAGAGGUGGACGCCGCCAGGAUUUUAAUGAUGCAGGGAUUAACACCAGACAUGCCAUGGAGCAUGUUAAGGAAUCAAAGUCUGGAACAAGUGGUUCUGCCAUUCAGUUGACAGCCAACUACUUUCGCAUCAUGUCCCGCCCUCGCUGGGUUCUGUAUCAGUACCACGUUGACUUUAACCCGCCAAUGGAGUCUCGUCGUCUGAGAUCUGCUCUCCUAUUCCAUCAUGAGGAAACACUUGGUGCAGCACGGAGCUUUGAUGGAGCUAUGCUCUUUUUGCCUCAAAGAUUGCACAACAAGGAGACUGUGCUUCACAGCGAAACAAGGAAUGGGGAGAAGGUUCAGAUAACUGUCACACUGACAAAUGAACUGCCGCCCACAUCACCGAUGUGCAUUCAGUUUUACAACAUCCUAUUCAAAAGGAUCUUGAGGAUUCUCAACAUGCAGCAGAUUGGACGCAACUACUACAACCCCAAAGAUUCACUCAGCAUCCCACAGCACAGAUUGACCAUCUGGCCAGGCUACACCACCACCAUCUUGGAGUACGAGUCAGCAAUCAUGAUGUGUAUUGACGUGAGUCACAAAGUGCUCCGCAGUGAGACAGUCCUCGACUUUAUGGUCAACCUGAAGCAACAGUGUGGAGAGCAACGCUUCCCUGAGAUCUGCACUAAGGAGCUUGUUGGACUCAUAGUGCUCACAAAGUACAACAACAAAACAUACAGGAUUGAUGACUUUGCCUGGGAUAAAACUCCCUGCAACACAUUCACCAGGGGAGACGAAGAAGUCUCCUUCAAGAACUACUUCAAGAAACAAUAUAACCAGGACAUCGCUGAUGACAACCAAGUGCUGCUGGUCAGCCACAUUAAGAAGAUGGGUCCUUCUGGUGGUCACCCUGGUCCGGCCCUGCUUGUCCCAGAAUUGUGCUACCUUACAGGGCUGACUGAUAAGAUGCGAAAGGACUUCAAAAUAAUGAAGGACUUGAGCGAACACACAAGACUGAACCCAGAUCAGAGACAGGGGCGCCUCAACAGCUUUGUCACUAAUAUACAGAGGGAUAUUGAUGCACAGGCAGAGUUGGAUAAGUGGGGACUGGGCUUUGAUAAGGAACUCGUAAAACUGACUGGCAGAGUCCUCCCAGCAGAGAGGAUUUUCCAGGGACCAAGAUCGUUUGACCAUGCAGGAGCUGAAUGGGCCAAAGAGAUGCGUGGGAUUCCUUUGAUCAACUCUCCUCCGCUGAAUAACUGGCUGGUCUUUUACACCCGUCGCAAUGGCAACGAAGCCCAGGCCCUCCUGCAGCACCUUGGCAAAGUCUCUGGUGCACUCGGUAUACGUAUACAGAAAGCUGUCAUGGUUGAGUAUCAGGAUCAUCAGGAGUCCCUCCUCAGAGCACUCCAGCAGAAUGUCGGACCCAAGACACAGAUGGUGGUGGUGGUCCUCCCCAGCAACAGGAAGGACAAGUACGACAGUAUCAAGAAGUACCUUUGUGUGGACUGCCCAACUCCCAGUCAGUGCGUGCUGUCCCGUACCCUCGGCCGACCUCAGGCACUCAUGACCGUGGCUACCAAAAUCGCCCUGCAGAUGGCUUGCAAGAUGGGAGGAGAGCUGUGGAGCUUGGAAAUCCCUCUCAAACAGCUGAUGAUUGUGGGCAUUGACUGCUACCAUGACACCAUUGCUGGGAAAAGGUCCAUCGGAGCUCUGGUGGCCAGCCUCAACCAGAGCAUGAGCAGGUGGUUCUCCAAAUGUGUGCUGCAGCACAAAGGUCAAGAAAUCAUCGACGGACUGAAGAUGGCCUUGACUGCUGCACUGAAGGACUAUCUGAAGUUUAACGGCUGCCUGCCUUCACGCAUCAUUGUGUACAGAGACGGAGUGGGAGACGGUCAGCUGCACAGCGUGGUCAACUAUGAAGUUGCUCAGAUCAUGGACUCUAUCAAGUCCAUGGGGCAAGACUACUUACCCAAGUUGAGUGUGGUGGUGGUGAAGAAGCGCAUCAGCAGCAGGUUCUUCGCCUUGUUGAAUGGCAGAAUGUCCAACCCUCCCACAGGCACCAUUGUUGACACAGAUGUCACCCGUCCAGAGUGGUAUGACUUCUACAUAGUGAGCCAGGCGGUCAGCUGUGGAAGUGUCGCUCCAACCCACUACAAUGUGGUGUACGACACCAGCGGACUGAAGCCUGAUCACAUGCAGCGGCUCACCUACAAGCUGUGCCACAUGUACUAUAACUGGCAGGGAAUCAUCCGAGUGCCUGCUCCCUGCAUGUAUGCCCACAAGCUGGCUUUCCUCGUGGGUCAGAGCAUCCACCGGGAGCCCAAUGUUCAGCUGGACGAGCUCCUGUUCUACCUUUAAGACACAGUGAUGAGCAACAUGUUCAGCUCUGACUCAAGUCGGACAGAGCCUUUUGAAAGUGUCAAAGCAAAGCAUUCAUUUUAUUUUUUCAAAAGAACCUAGAAUCUUUCUGUUAUAUUAUUCCAGUGUGCCUCCAAUGUGUUUAUACAAAAUAUUAUUUGGGAGUAACAAUUUGUGUUAGCAAUGAGAUUCGAGUGUCUAGGUCUUAAAACUGUUACUUGUUUUGCUGGUUCUAAUAAAUGUUUGUCGUGUA